CGCGGAGAUUCACCGUAGCAACUUCCCUUGCGAUGUUUGCGUCUUGCCCAGUCCACCAUCCAUAUUGUCACCAAGGUUCAAAUCAAUAUGGCAACCUUCACGAGCAUUCCAGAGGGCGAGAAGCCCUCGAUUAGCGUUCACCCUACCAACAAAAUCGCAAAGAUCAACGAAAACAUUUAUGGCGGUUUUACAGAGCAUAUGGGACGCUGCAUCUAUGGCGGCAUCUACGAUCCUGGCAACCCGUUAUCAGACGAAAAUGGCUUUCGCAAGGACGUUAUUGAGGCAUUCCAAGAAUUGAAGGUGCCUGUCGUCCGUUACCCAGGUGGUAAUUUUGUCGCGACUUACGAUUGGAGAGACGGCAUUGGUCCUAGAGAUCAAAGGCCUGGCAGGCCCGAACUUGCAUGGAUCGGCACAGAGACAAACGAAUUCGGCACUGAUGAGUUCAUGAAAUGGUGCGAGGUUGUCGGUACUGAGCCAUAUCUUUGCCUCAAUUUCGGUACUGGAACUCUAGCCGAAGCUCUGGGGUGGCUCGAGUACUGCAAUUCAGAUCGCAACUCAUACUACGCCAACCUCCGCCGCAAAAAUGGUCGUGAGAAGCCAUACAACGUCAAAUACUGGGCCCUUGGCAACGAAUGCUGGGGACCAUGGCAAGUUGAGCAGAUGACGAAAGAAGACUAUGCCAAAAAGGCCUGGCAGUGGGCUAAGGCUCUGAAGCUGCUCGACCCAACCAUUACACUCAUUCUUUGUGGUGAGACCGGUUAUUCGUCCUGGGACUACUAUGUCCUCAAUCAGUGCGUUAAAUGGUCCAUUCAUGGCCUGAGCGGUGACGCUACUACCAAGUCAUUCAUCGACAUGCAUAGCAUUCACCUCUACACAGCAGACAAUGAACACCUGCCUAACGCUACCGCACCCCGAGCCGCAGAGCGUGCUAUUCAGAUGGCAAGCGCGCUCAUUGAUCUUGCGCGAAUUGAGAACCAGGUACCCGAAACCGUCCCAAGACCAACAAUCUGCUUCGACGAGUGGAACGUCUGGGAUCCUGUUCGGGCCCCUGGUGAGGAGGGUGCUGAGGAGAAGUAUACACUUUCGGAUGCUCUCGCUGUUGCCGUCUUUCUGAACGGCUUCAUCCGCCAGGCCAAGGACAUGGGCAUGGCCAAUAUCGCACAGUCUGUCAACGUCAUCUCACCUCUCAUGACGAGCAAAGACGGGCUUAUCAAACAGACCAUAUGGUGGCCGCUGCUUCUGUUUAGCAAGUACAUGCGCGGUCACACCAUCGCCAUCAACGUCAAAUCACCUGAGUACACUGGCCGUACAAACCCCAAGUGGAUUCGUGGAACAAUUGAGACGCCCUACCUCGACGCUUGUGCUGUAGCUGGUGAGGACGGCUAUACAAACUUGGCCGUCACGAAUGUCAGCGAAGAGAAGGAUUUUGAAGUUGACCUCAGUGGCAUUAAGACGGAGAAUGUCGAGGUUCAUACCGUUACUGGUGAGCAUGUACAGGUUACUAACACUGCUGAGGACCAGCAGGUUGGUAUCAAGGAGAGCUCAUGGGAUGGUAAGGGUGCUUUCACUUUCCCGAAGCACUCCUUCACUCUGCUCAGAUGGAAGUCAGCUUGAUAAAAAAAGCAAAGGUCCCAUAGAUUCACGACGUAGGUACUUGACUAGCAAUAUCAAUGGCGUUGAUAGACUCGGAUCAUCAUUCCGUAAUCAAAUACGAUGUCCAACACGGGGCCAGAUGAUCUUGGACAGGCAGAAGCUCAGAUCUUUCUGCCAGCAUUUGAACGC